UUUUUCACUCACAUAAAAUCGUCAGUGGUUUCUUCAAAAAAAAAAAAAAAAUCGUCAGUGGCUGCCAUAUAGAGAACCCCAAUCUUGGCUUUUGAUCUUUAUUGGCGAUGGAGCAUCUACCUAUUGAAGUCAUUGGAAACAUCUUAUCUCGGCUUGAAGAUGCCCGGGAUGUGGUGAUAGCCUCUAUGGCAUGUCGAAAAUGGCGUGAAGCUUACCGGAUACACCUUCACACCUUAGCAUUUAAUUCUAAUGAUUGGCCUGCUUAUCGUGAUAUUACAGCUAGUCAAUUAGAGAUCUUGAUUACUCAAACAAUAUUCCAAACUACAGGACUGCAAGGCCUAUCGAUUUUAAUGGAUGAUGUUGAUGAGUUCAAUGCUGCAACUGUAAUUGCUUGGCUCAUGUAUACCAGGGGAACCUUGCGCCGGUUAUUUUAUAACGUCCGGACGAGCCCAAAUGUUAACAUUCUUGAAAUCUGUGGGAGGCAGAAGUUGGAAAUAUUGGCAGUGGCUCACAGUUCGAUAACUGGGGUUGAACCUAACUUUCAGAGAUUCCCUUGUUUGAAGUCCCUCUCUCUGAGUUAUGUUACUAUUUCAGAUUUGGAUUUGAGACUUCUGCUCACUGCAUGUCCGAAGCUUGAAUGCUUGGAGCUUGUCGAUCUAGAGAUAGCAAUUUCAGAUGCACAGAUGACACUUGAAUUGAGCAGCCCAACAUUAAAGAGUAUUUAUGUUGAAGCAAUCAGUUUGGAUAGAUUUAUGUUGGAGGCUGAUAGCAUCGAGCGUUUACACUUGAGGGAUUGUUCCCUUGAGGUUUUUGAACUGAUUGGAAAAGGCACCUUAAAAUAUUUAAAGUUUGAUGAUGCUAUUGUGAUACACCUCGACAUGGGUGAGACUGUCGAUAAUCUUGAGGUUGUUGAUGUUAGUAGCUAUGCAAUCUUCUGGACAAAAUUCUACCAGAUGAUUUCAAGAUCCUCAAAAUUGAGGAAGCUUCGACUUUGGGACGUGACCUUUGAUGAUGAAUACGAAGUUAUCGAUUUGGAAACAAUUGCUGUUUGUUUUCCACAAUUGAACCAUCUUUCAUUGCGGUACGAGUUGAGACAUGGCGAAAUGCAUUACGGUCUCCAAGGAUCUUCUAAUUUGGAGACUGUGACGGUGCUGGAGCUUGGAUGGACUGUACUCAACGACCUUUUCUCGCAUUGGGUUGAGGAGCUGCUAAAACGAUGCCCAAAUCUUAGAAAAAUUAUUAUUUUUGGGGUUGUUUCGGAAGCCAAGUCACACGCGGAAUGCCAGAUAUUGGCCAAUUUCACCUCGUCUAUGGUUCAGCUCAUGAGGAAAUAUAUACAAGUAGAGGUGCAGUUUGAGUAUGAGUAAAAAAAAAUUCUCAACGACAUUUCUAAAUUCAAGCUCUGUAUCAAUUGUAGCAGAUAUACAGGUAGAAUUUACAGAAUGUAAAUCCCAAAUAUCUUUCCUUUUUGUGCCUUAUGAUACAUUGGUGGUAUUUCUUCAGUUUGAUAGGAAAUUAUAUGCAAUCAAAAGAAUACUGCUGUUGUUUCACUC